AUGGAGGUGUCUUUAAGUGAUGGGAAUGGGGAGCUCCUGGGUAUCGACAACGAGGCUGAUGUGGAAUCGAACCCGGAGGACAUGGGUGGUCAGGAUGUUGCAAACGAGUUUUUGGGUGAAUAUGAAGAUGUCGCCACAUUAGAUGUGGAUGACAUAAAGCGGAUGCGGUGGGAUAGUGUUGACGCUGCUUAUGAGUUUUACAGGAGGCUGGGAAUGUGUCAUGGAUUCGGCGUCAGGAAGGGUGAUUCAGGCAAAGACUGUAGAGGAAAUCUGAUUAGAUAUAGGUUUUUUUGUAACAAGGAAGGGUUGAGGGAUGGGAGACACAACGACCGAGUUGAUAGACGAAGGGCACACAAACAUGAGACACGGACCAAUUGUGAGGCUAAGCUCUCCAUAUACUUUGAUAAGACUGAGCGUUGUUGGAAGGUGCGGAAAGUUGCGACAGAACAUAAUCACGACUUGACGCCCACAUCAAUGGUCCAUCUGAUAGCCAACCAUCGUGAAAUGACCGAUGCAGCAAAGGCUCAGAUUGAUGGGUUGCAUGCUAGUGGCAUUGCGACAUCAAAGAUUAUUGGAUACAUGGCCGGAAUGGCUGGUGGGUACUCGUUGUUGGGUUUCUUGAAGAAGAAUGUGUACAACUACGUCGACAGAACCCGGCGCGCUAACAUAUCGGAUGGCGAUGCGAAUGCGGCUGUUGUUUAUCUGGAGGGAAAGGCUGGUUCGGAUCCCAUGUCGGUUGCUAGAUAUAGUGUAACAAAAGACGCAAGGCUGGCAAAUUUAAUUUGGGCCGAUGGAGCUAGCAGAGUUGAUUAUCAAUAUUUUGGAGAUGUGCUGGCCUUCGACUCGACAUAUAAGAAAAACAAGUACAAAAAACCUUUUGUGAUUUUUUCAGGGUCUAACAACCACAAGCAAACCACGAUUUUUGGGUUUGGUCUAUUAUUUGACGAGAGUGUCAGUUCUUACAAGUGGACGUUAGAAAAUCUGCUUGAGGUGAUGUGCAUGAAGAAACCGUCUAUGGUUGUGACUGACGGGGAUAAGGCGAUCAUAAAGGCAGUCCGAUCUGUUCUUCCUGAUUCGACACACCAACUGUGUGUCUGGCAUAUUAAGAAGAAUGUUACCUCAAACGUGAAAGAUACAAUUUUACGUAGCUCUUUUAGAAGGUGGUUGUAUGUUGACAUGGAAAUAGAGGAGUUCGAGAUGGAGUGGGAGCAUGCGGUUGCUAAGUACGACCUACAUGACAUGGAGUGGGCCACCCAAAUGUAUGAGAGGAGGAUGAUGUGGGCAAAUGCAUAUCUGCAAGGCAAGUUUUGCACCGAUUUCCGGACAACGUCUCCAUGUGAAGGGGUUAAUGCCUUUGUAAAAAAGUUCUCGAAGACAACGCACACUAUACUUGAGUUGGUUCAGAAUUUGGAAUUGGUGGUUCGGGAGUACCAAAACAAAGAGUUACUACUCCACUUCAACUCGAUGAAUUCCGUUCCAGUGAUGACCACUGGCUUGACCUCGAUUGAGCAACAUGCCGCCUCGGUGUAUACGAGAGAAGUCUUUCCUGAUGUCAAGAAACAGAUAGUCCAAGCUGCAGCGUUGAUUCUUAUAUCCAAGAAAAGGUGCCUUAACACAAUGGUCUACACGAUUGAGGAGUACGAGCAGCCAGCUACGAGAAUCAAGGUUGCCUAUGGCAGGUCCACGGGCAAAAUUGACUGCCAAUGUAACUUUUGGAGGAAGAAUGGGUACCCCUGUAGACAUAUGCUCUUCGUGAUGAAGUCUAAACAUGUAACUACCAUCUCGGAUGCACUUGUGUUGCAGAGAUGA